AUGGCAGAUGCAGAUUGGUCUGAACUCCCAAAGGAUCUUCUCAAUCUUAUAUCGCAACGCCUCGACAAUGAACUUGAUCUCAUUCGCUUUCGAUCUACGACAACUUCCCUAAACUCUCCUUUUGACUUCAUAUAUACUCCUGAAAAGAUCGCUAUUCUCACGCUCCAUGGAAAAAACCCUAUUGUUCUUGGCAAGUUCACCUUUUCCCCCCAACCAGCACUGUUGAAAUUUAGCAAUGAGAAUUGGAAGGUGAUCCCCGACAUGUCAAUUAAAUUUGGAGACAUCUGCCUUUUCAAAGGGCGACUUUAUGUUGUCGACAAAAAUGGUCAGACAGUUAUGGUUGGGCCGGACAACUCGAAUGUCCACUUAGUUAUUGAACCUUUGGUUGGUGGCGGGGACAAAAAAUUCUUAGUCGAGAGAGAGGGAGAGUUGUUGCUAGUGGACAUUUAUGAGUGUUUUUGUUUCGAGUUCCCGGGUCCUGAUGCUAUAAGGGUUGAUGUGUUUAAGCUUGAUGAGAUGGAGAAGAAGUGGGUGAAGUUAACAACUUUAGGGGAUAGUGUUUUGUUCUUGGGGAAUGAAUGUUCGUUUUCUGCUUCUGCUUCGGAUUUGUGUGUUCCUAGAGGAAAUUGUGUUGUCUUUACUUAUGGUGGCGACUUCCUGUAUUUUAGAAAGAUGUGGUGUGGAAACUGUGUUUUUCACAUGGAUCAAGGUCGGCUUUCACCUCUGUCUGAUUGUCCUGAAUAUUUUACCUUGUUCUGGCCACCUCCGGAGUGGAUCGUCAAAAGUUGCCUUUGUAACUAA